GCGGCGGGGGCGGGCGGCAGCCUGGUGCCCGCGGCGCGCCAGCAGCACUGCACGCAGGUGCGCAGCCGGCGGCUCAUGAAGGAGCUGCAGGACAUCGCGCGCCUCAGCGACCGCUUCAUCUCCGUGGAGCUGGUGGACGAGAGCCUCUUCGACUGGAACGUGAAGCUGCACCAGGUGGACAAGGACUCGGUGCUGUGGCAGGACAUGAAGGAGACCAACACCGAGUUCAUCCUGCUCAACCUCACCUUCCCCGACAACUUCCCCUUCUCGCCGCCCUUCAUGCGGGUGCUCAGCCCGCGCCUGGAGAACGGCUACGUGCUGGACGGCGGCGCCAUCUGCAUGGAGCUGCUCACGCCGCGCGGCUGGUCCAGCGCCUACACCGUGGAGGCCGUCAUGCGCCAGUUCGCCGCCAGCCUGGUCAAGGGCCAGGUAAGCGGGGCGGAGGCCGGGGGCGCGCGGGGCUGGCCCCUCGGCCCUCUCGCUCCUGGUGCGCGCGGGGCGGUGCCUCUACCCCGGCCUGCCAAGGGGAGACGUUCCCGGGCGCCUCCGCUUCUCUUCCCUGAGCGUUUUCUUCUUUCCCUACCUCUCCAUCCCGUCUCUGCGGGUCUCCCGCUUGUUUCCCGUCGGUCCCCGUCUCUCUGGAAUACGCUCUCUCCCUCUCCGCACACCCUCCUCUCUUUUCUCCUCUGUCGCUUCUCGCCUCCGGCUCUGCUCCUCUACCCUCUGCCCUUAUCUCCUAACCCGCUGUCCCCACGUGCUCCUCCCUUUCCCCCCUCUCGCUCUCUCCCUUUCCUCCUUCUCCGCCCCCGCCCCAGGCUUCCGCUCUCUCCUCCCCCUCCCUCUCCCGUUUACCCCCUUCUCCUUUUCCUUGGCUUCUCCCCCAACUCCUGACCCCACAGUCUCCCUGAGGGUGGAACUUCACGUGGACUUAGGAAUCUGAGUACCCAGCCCAGUUUGUUGCCCCCUUCCCUGCCACACACACACGGUUUCCCCCCAACAACUCAGGGGUGCUCUGCAGGUGGGGGGCUCUGCAGAGCGCCUGCUGUUUGCUGGCGAAUCUGCUCCCCUGCUCUGCUCCCUUCUGACCAGCAUGGAGCGCAAAGGUGAACAUUUUGCUGUUGAGAAAUUUCACUGGAGAGGCAGAGGUGUGGCUUGAGUGUGACAAGGCCAGAUGCCCUUAACGAAACGCAUGGUACCUGACUCCUUCCGGGACCAUCACCUCCUGGGUAGUUGUUCAAGGUCUUGGUCUCCCUCAGACCUGUUUCUUCCUUCGGGUUCCCCCUGCUCCGGGGGGUUAAAUCCAUUAUCAGAACUAAAGGUUUUUAACUGAAUACUGAAAUCAGGGGCAGGCUUGGUGCCUGAAUCUUCUCACCUAUUGCACCAGACGGCAGCUUUACCAAAAGAAACCCCAGAGGACUUGAGAGCAGAAUCUUCUGAAAUUUGCCCCCCCGCCAAGCUGCAGGAAGAGGCACGAUGGUUUUAUCUUCCCACAUUAUAUGCUCCUGAUCAUGUUCAAGUUGGUUGAUGUUUUCCCAAAUCGCUAUUGAACAUUACUUAAUAAAAGUAUAAUUUUAUACGGGUGUCUUUUAGAUUUAUGAAGAAUCCCUGUUUUGUUUAGGAGACCCGGAAUGACCUCGAUUUGAUCUUUCUACAGCUAGCAUUUCAGAAGCCAUCAGUCGCCUGUCACCUGCCUCUGUCCCUUUCACGGCAGGAUCUUUCACACUAAUCAAGUAAUGCUUGUUCUGCCAAUUUCACUAGAGGUGGGGCCCCUGG